GUGGAGCUGCGGUAAGACUCGCUUCCGGCAGGGAAAGAAAACGCCAUGCCUCUGGCAAGAGACUUAAUUCAUCCGUCCUUAGAGGAGGAGAGGAGGAGACACAAAAAGAAACGUCUGGUGCAGAGCCCAAAUUCCUACUUCAUGGAUGUCAAAUGUCCAGGAUGCUACAAGAUCACCACGGUGUUCAGCCAUGCCCAGAUGGUGGUUCCAUGCAUAGGCUGCUCAGCUGUCUUGUGCCAGCCCACAGGAGGCAAAGCCAGACUCACAGAAGGUUGCUCAUUUAGAAGAAAGCAGCACUGAUUCCUUCGCUGGUGUACAUGCCAUGGAAGCCUUAUCUGACACCACAGCUGAAUCUAGCAAGUUCAUUCUGUCCCGCUUGGCAAAAACCCAAAAAUCAGUAAUCCACAAGAGUGGGCCUCUGGUCCGUGCAGAUUUUUUCCCUGCGUGUUUUGGGAUAAUUGAAGUCUAUUUUUGUAGCUUUUAUUAUGUAAAAGGCUUUUAAUUACACAAUCAAGCUGACUUCCUGCAUUUCUUUUUUUCCAGUAUUGAUUAACUCCUUGCUAUGGGCAAAGACGUGCAGUCUUGCAGAGCGAGCCCGUGUUAGAGACCUCCCUAGGAAGUGGGUACUUGUAGUUGAAGCUUGUGAGUUUUGUAGCUUUGGGGCCAGACACCCCCCGCCCCUCCGCUGGGGCGAAGGCCAAGGACAGAAAGGACCAGAAGCUAUGCAGGAGCAUUGGUGCGGCACUUCUGCUCAGCUCCCGUUUUGCUGCAGUUGGGGCUUUGCCACAGCGGUUAUUGGUGUCUGGUGGUUCAGUCAUUUAGACCUCGCUUCAGAACUCUCUGGAGCCUGCCUGAAUUGCUGUUAGUUUCAGCAGCAAUUUGGGCUAAGAUAAAAGCCUCAUUAAAACGGUUACAAUUGCUCUCUUGAGCUGAGGCAGACUGCAAGGCCUUUGGGCAGAACACCUUCUGCCACAAUGAACUGCACAGCUCUUAAAUCUAUCCUGGGCAGUCCAGAAAGGUAGGCAUGCUCCAUCAGCUUCGGCCAGUUGAGCAAACCAAUCCCUGCAGUGGUAAAACGAAACCGAAGCACCAAAAGAAAAAGGAUUAAAGUUGUUGGCGCUUCCAAGCAGUCAAAGAAAGUAGCACUUUUACUAUGAAUUGCCUUCAAUAAGGAAGAGCUCUGCUGCCGCCACCAUAAUUACCACAAAUUGCAUCUUACUAGUGGUGUACAAAAUGUAUCCAGCAGUGCAGUUGUGCAGACAUCUAAAGACAUCACUGUUGACAGUUCUGGCAACUCUUGGUAAGCCAACAAGGCCUCAUGUCGAGGUGGAAGUCACUUUCCCCAACUGAACAUGUAUGUUUUGCUUUUGAAUUUUGAUUGUAUCAAAAUCAAUAAACCGCUUGAAACAAGAA